CGUCACGCACCUCUGUUCAAAGCACAACUGUCAAAAUGGCUUUCGCUAAUUCAAAGACAUAAAUUUUAAUGAUGAAAAAGACGGAAGAAACAUUUCUUUCAUGCUGAAGACACCACAGCGGUAAGUGCGCUCAUGGAUUGUUAGCAUCGUCUCUUCUGUUUGUUCGCCGUAUUGAUCUCAAGAAGUUUGUUUACCGUUAUUUAAGUGGUCUUACGAGAUUUCUAGCUUCUGUUACUACUUUUCGUUAUGAAGGCGUCAAUAACCAGUUUUAUUUUGUUGCUUUGUUUUCCGCGGUAUUAUUUGAAAGUCAUACGCUAUUGAUUUGUCCUCUCUGGGGCUUAAUUCAUUCUUUCGUUUUUAACUGUUUCAAACCGAAGAGGGAAGCCAAUCUUGGCUUUUUAAAUGUAGGCAAGUGGUAUAAAUGGCGCGAUAAUAUCGAGUUUCCUCGUGUAAUAUCGGCGAAAAGAGCUUGUAUUUUCUUGUUUAGUAGAAAUAUGGUACGCGUCUGAAAAAUACUAGCCUACAGAAUAAGUAGAUAGUAAUGACAUGUUUAAGUUUAAGGAUGAGACGACUUUAUUUCAUCGUCUUAGAAGAGCUCAUAUACAGAAGGAAAUAUCCGUUGCCGACGUUGUUGUGUUUAUGGGUUACCAUGCCGAAGGCCCCAUCAGAGGUUAAUCCUAGCUAAAAUAUUCAAUGAUGUGAGGAGCUUCCUUAAUUGUUAAUUAUUUCCCCUCGAUGAUAAUAAAAAUGUUUCUUUACUCGUCUGUUUUUUCAUCCCUACGAGAGUGAAAUCAGCCUUUUAAACGUACGCAAGGAGUAAUUUUUGAACGCUGUGUUGCUGUCAGUAAUUUCCUGUGGUUUUUCCUUUGUUGACUAACAGGGUGAAAUCAUCUGCGAAGUCGUAAUAAAGCUUUUUAAAAUUAAGUAAGCCAAGGCAAUUUAAGAUGUAUUUUUUCAAGACAGCGGUCUUCACCUGUAUGUUAAAGCAGAUAAAGGCAAGUUCAGUUGCAUUCAGCCGCAAUUUUAAAUUUUUCUUUUUCAAAGGGAAAGAAAUUUGGGAUUUUUUUCUCGAAUCAAAAGUAUUAUUUUAAAUUAAAAGUUUUUCAAAUUGUCAUUUAUUGUGCUUGCUUCUUAUGGCAGCGAAAAGAUCACAAGACAUUUGACUUUAUUUUAGGCAUUUAUUUUAUUAUUUUAUUUUAUUGACAUAUUUAUAGUUUAAAAAAUAUCUGUCAAAGGUAGAUCAUUGACUGGAGAACCUUUAUAGACAGAAAUGAAAGCCAGAUGACCACAUUUAAGGCCACAUUUGAUGCGUUUGUAGGAACACUGACAACAAAAAACUUGUCUUCGCAUGGUUCUCCUCAAUGACUUCGAAUUUUCUCGACAAUACUUGCACAAAAAUACAAAAUAUGGCGUUUAAAACUUCGCAAAUGGACCAAAUAGUUCUUGAAUACCGAUAUUAUGGCUUUCUUGGGCGUCUCAGGGACAGAAAUCAAGUUGCCGCACAUGCUUUAAGACAAACAGUUGAAGUAAAUCAAAGCAAUGGAGGAAACUUGAGAAUCUGAGAAAAAAAUUCUAAGGGUCCAAAACCAAAAUCAUUGAAAAAUUAAAAGGAAUAAGUAAACAACAAACAAAAAAUAACCAAAUAAAGUCAAAUUAUAUGCAUACCCGUAAUUUUGAUACACCAGGCUAUUUUUGUAAUCUACUUCUGCUUAAAUUUACUUGGAAAUUUGCUAGAAAGUGUCAGUUUUCUUAAAUUAUAAAAGGUCUGUUCAAAAUAAGAGGAAUUUUUUUUGCCAGUUAUGCGAUAAGACACAAAUUGCUAAACGGACUUCAUGUGACUGGAGGGUCCUCAGCAUGAUAAAAAAGUGCUUAGAAUAUCAUUAACUUUGUAAGCCAAUGUAGUGUUGUCUGCUUUCUUGUUUGAAAGUUCUGCUAGAGAUAUCAUUUCUGAAAAUAGUUUUCUGUACAGCUGCCCAUUUGAUUUGAACUCUAAACCCAACCAUAGUCUGUAGAACAUUAUUAUUCUAGUGUGCAUGGAUCUAGCUGGAUGCAUGACUUUCAAGCUGUGUUCAUCCUUCUGCACUGCUGAUGUCACAAAGAAAAGUAUCAUGCUGUGUCCCAUAUUAAUUUAAUUGUAAAUAAUCUUGGUAACGUGCAUUGAAAACCCGUGAGUCAGGAGAAGUCAGUUCCUUAAUUUUUCAACGAGGCAGUCAACCUCUUUUCCUGUCUUUCGUUAAUCUUUGUAUAUGUUGUAGUUAAUUUUUUAUCUCAGGUGGUUUUUGUUUUAAUUCUUUUGUUUUUGGAUAUGGUAAUCUAUGCUAAUGAAGUUGAAACAAAGGAAAAAUAAAAAUAACCUGAGAUAAAAACUUAACUACAACAUAUAUCUUAUAAACUUUUCAAUGGUUGUUUUGUUGGAUCAACUAUUCUAUUAGUCAAAUUACCUGUCAAUGCUGUUCAUCAAUCAGUGAGUCAUUAUUCCUGUAAGCAAGUCAAAGAGUGAGUCACUUAGGACCUUUAAAUAUGAGGUGAGCGUGUUUGGCUCAUGCCUUGUUUGUGUAGUUCAAAGCCAGGCUGCCUUUUCAUAUAAAGAUAACAAAAAUCUUAGGAGGAAACAAGGCGUGAGCCAGCCCGCCGAGCUGGACUCAUGAUCACCUUGUUUUGUUUUGUUUUGUUUUUUUCCACAGCUUUAUUGGGUAUUCCUCUUGUAAUAUACAAUAUAAAUUUAUAAUACAACACAAAAAAAAGAAAAGAAAAAAGAAGGAAAAACCCAAAAGGGGUAGGUGCAAUGGGACUAACGUCCCAUACGAGGCACCGCCCCUAGAUUAGGACCUAGGUUAAAAUAAAAUAAAAUGAAUACUCAAACAUUCGUACAAAAAAUAAAGUAAAUUACAAGUGGUAUGGGCACGUAGGGACUAGUGUCUACAUGCAGGGGUACUAGUCCCUACGUGCCCAUGCCACUCGUAAUUUUUUUUAACAGGCCCGUAGUCAUCAAGCAAUUCAGCGUUUAUAUCAGUCAAGGAGUUAGCCAAUCAGUUUAUAAUUAUUAUUACUUUAAUUAAUUUAAUCAGUGAACUUAAUGUUUGAGGAACCAUCAUAAUAUAGGAAAACCAAAUUCAACAUUUGUUUUAUUAUUCAUUGAAAAUAUUUUGUACUUCAAAACUGCUUAGCUCAAUAGAUGUAUACGGUUCAUGUCUUCAUAAGUCAGUAAAUUUGGUAUAUAAAAGGAUGUUCAGUCUAGCAGAUGUACUGCGAAUAGCAGUUGUCAUCCAUGGAAGUAAUAUUAUUUGUUGCUGAGUGUUCAUGCUAUAUUCAAGGUAGCAGUUUGACUGUUUCUUCUUUGCAAAAUAUGGUAAAUUUUCUGCCAUUUUCUCCAGCUCUACCUAAACAGCUGAGCUGCUUCUUAAUUGUAAAAGUGACUCACUUGAUCAUCUGUAAGAAUAUCAGCAAACAUAUUCCACAUGUGGUCAAUGGUAGCUUGUUAUGAAGAUUUAUUUAGGAGAUUUGAGCCAAUCAGAAGCAGCGAUUGAGGAAUAUUUUGAAUGAAUAAUAAUAAUAAAAAAAUUAAUGGAAGUUAUAAAUCCUUUAAUAAGAAACUCAUAAAUACACUGUAAUUUAAUUGCGUUUUUCUGUUAAUAGAGCUGAUGUCUGCUUCACGGUACAGUCCUACAGAUAGUGGCUACUGGUCUUCACCCCGACUGAAAAAGCCAACUAAUCUCAAUGCUGUGAAUCUUGACCAUAAUCAAAAUGUUAGGGAUACACUGCAAUCUGUGCAUGGCAUCAAGUCACUGAGUGAACCAUCUUCUCCACAAUUCUGGCACAAAGGUAAUAAUGAUGAAAAGAUCAGAAAUAAUAGUCAUGAUCUAAGUCUUAAAAACGAUAUAAAUUUCACGUGAAAAAAAGUCAAAUGCUGAUUCAGGAAUAGUAAAAAAUCAAUCACAAAUGUUUUGGUACAGCUGACUACUUACAUGUAAAUUGCUGGUAACAUAUUGUGUUAUUGAAUGCAUUGCCUGUUACAUUUUACGUUUGUCUUUUAUUACAGAAGUUCUAUACUAGGGCAUCUGUAAAUUACGAAGUAGUUUUUAAGGCAGUCAUUUAUAAGGGCUUGGGGCUGUGGAUUUUUCCUUUCAUGACACUAGACAAAUACCCAGUUAUCUCUAUUUAUUUCCCAACCUACUUCAAAAACUAGUGACAGCCCUGACAGUACUUAUGGCAGUACUAUUAAAUUAUUGUUCUUUGUGUUUAACUUUUCAACAAACUGUUUUGUGUAACUUCUUAUACAAGUAUCAAAUGCUGAAACUCAAAGCCAUGUGGAAAAAAAUCUCGCAUCACAGAACAGCAGACACAAGCGCUAUGCACUCACAAGACAACAAAGUGAAGGAACUGAAUUAGCUGAACUUCUUGCGGAACAUCAAGAACGUCAGAUACGGAGCAUGCAGGGACUGAAUGUUGGGUUACAUGGAAAGUGGGGAUCUAGCUCAAGAAUAAAUGAACUUCAUGUUCAAACAAAUACAUCUCAUCCUUGUUUGAAUGCCAUUGGACUAAGACAUUUGGAGCAAAUGCCAUUAAAUAAUGCAGCCACAUUAACUUCUGGCAGCCAUGGAGUUGGAAUGUCUAGCCAAAACAGUCAACAAGUGAUGCAUACUGGUAAGAAAUACUGCAGAAUCUUGACUUUCUAAACCUCCUGGGAAGAGGAGGUUUGUAUGAAUUGAAGUUAUAGUCGUAUAAACAUAACAACUUUCUUUAAUUUUCCAGACAUGUUUCGACGGUACCUCCGUCAUCUUCAGUGUACCGUCGAAACAUGUCUGGAAAAUUAAAGAAAGUUGUUAUGUUUAUACGACUAUCUAUAUUGUUGCUGCUAUCUAGACCAAUUGAAGUUAUCUUUUAAACUACCCAGUGAGAGCAGAGUCUCCUCAAAAAACCGAAACCUUCCUCGAAAAAUAAAUUGGCACUUUCUAGGAAGAUCGAAGGGGACUGAUCUGCUAGGAAAGUACUUUAAAAUCAGCUCUUUCUCCAAACACAUACUGUUCAGCCUGCUAUUAAAAAUAGAAGUCUCUGUACACUGUAUGUGUGUAUCCGUUGGGCAAUUCCAGAAAAUAUCCAUAUCAUUCCAAGGAUGGCUUUUCGUAAUUCCAAGGGCAAGGGGGGUUCUUUGAACUGGAAAUCUAAAGGUGUGGGGGAUACUUAUGAUUGGAAUUCCAAAGGCAAGAGGUCGUUCAGAGACAGACAAGUGUUUAUUCCUCAAAAAUGCUUAUUUCAUUGACUGAUUCAGUUGCAAAUGAAUUGGCAACACUGGCAACACAGGGUACAAUACAAGCAUCAAUGGAUCAGGCAAUCCAUGUUUUUGUGUUUAUUCGUAGAAGAAAACCGUUGAAGCUCUGCAACGGGAGAUAACGCAUUUUGGAAAGUCCGAAGACCAGGGGAGGGGAUAAAAUAUGGAAGCCGUCCAUGGUAUGGUAUGGAUAUUUCCUGGAAUUGCCCAUUACAAUAUUCAUGACUGUACAUAUUUUAUUAAAAUGCACCAAGCCUGUGCAUCUAAUUCUUGCUGCCGGAAGGCAAGUCUAGAGUAAGUUGCCAGGGGUCAUUGGAAGCAUCUAGAGGAAUGCAUACAUAGUGCAUACAGUAAAAUCAGUAUCAGCGCUGUUUCCUACCAGAGCUCGGUGGCACCUGCCGCCCAACAUUUUCCCUCCAGCCACUAGAUUUUACAGGUUCAGAGCACUGGGCUCCCUUCAAUUUUCCUUGGAGCACAGCCUUGUGUAUUAUAGGGAAACCUACAGGACCCUUAAAUUUUUCAAUAAAAACAGCCAGAUAAAAAGAGGAAAUUGCAUGAUAAAACAAAAAGCUGGGAGUACAUGUGUGGUAUAUGUUUGCUCAGCCAGAUUUUGUAUUCAAUACUGAAACAUUCUGUAACUUGUAUACAAUAAUGUUUCAGGGAUCUCAGCCUCCUGUACAAUGGCAACUACUUCAGUGGGAUAUCCUGCACCCCUUGGACAUGUCAAAGAGGGUACAAGUGUUCUUCGUAACAGCCCACUUAGCAUUUCAGGGGACGCAUACUCAAACUCAUCUGGCCAAGCUUCAAGAUCAAUAAGUCCUUCAAGUGAUGACAGUGAUAAAUGGAAUUCAUAUUUGAGAGCAAAAGAUGAGCUUAUUGGCCAGAAAGAUCAGAUUAUUGACAGGUAAGAACCGUGCAUUAAGCUACAGUGUAUAUGUUUACUGGGGACAUGAUAGCUAAGGAACUAACUCUGUGAAUUUCAGACCUUCAAAGUUAUUCAAGCAUUUAUUAUUAAAGGUUUUUUUAUGUGAUCUGAUUUCAGAUAGAGUCCUUUCUGGUAGUCUGAGCUAAGACAAGUAGAUUUUCUUGCUGGGCAUGCACAACAUUGUACUCUGAAGGGUGCUUUCCGUUUGUCAGAACUGGCCGGCUGGACCAUGGCCGGACCAGUCAGUUUGAAUUAUGAAAUCACCUUUUUCUAAGAGUUUUUGCUAAAACACCAUCUCCUUUGUGCAUACUAUUUUAGGAUUUGACUGAUCUAACUGGAUAGUUUUGAUUAAAAGGAAAGUUAUCCUUGCGACAGGAUUGGUCUGGCUGGUCAGUUCUGACAAAUAGAAAGCACCCUAAGAAAAACUGGCAGGAGCCCAGUGCUCUGAACUUAUGAAAUCCAGGGUGCCCAGCAUGAUUUCUAUGCAGCGUGCAAAGAAAGUCAUGUCUGAUAGCUCGGGGCUAGUGGAUUUUGCUAUCGGGCUAGUUAAUUCUGUUCUUAACUUGCCCAACGGGCAAACAAAGUAUUUUGAGGAAUUCGUCUUACAGAAGAACUGUGAAAUCAAUUCUGCUCAUCAAAAAAUUUUUGGGGCUAGUUGAAAUGACGUUUGGGCUAGUAAAUGCUAGCUUCAGCUUGCCUGAAUGACAAGCUGUAAAAAUGACUUUCUUUGCACCCUGUUUCUAUGACAAAAUAACGAAUUUCUAGUCACUCAAGGACCGAGGCCAGGGGCCACUGGGUGCUGAUAAAGCACAGCCUUGAUGCCAAAAUUUUUAUAGCUCACUUACCUAAUGGGAAAGGGUCUAGGCAGUCUUGUACCUUUAAACCAUUAACUAAGAAAAUGUCCCUGAGCAAGCAAAUUUUGUCCAAAAGGACAAUCAGAGGUCACGUUUUCUUCGAGCCAUGUGUCAUAUAGUUGAUAUUGAUAAUUAAAGAAUCUGUAUGCUGAAAUUGUUGAAAUUGUCCUUUCUUCAGACAGAAACAAAGCAUAUUUCAACUUCAGCAGCAGCUACUUCAUCAGACAAACCCAGCACUGCAACAGUCGAUACAGCCCACACACAUGCAUGUCAGCCGAACACAGAGUGUGCCAGAUAACACAUCACUGUCAUUGAAACUACAGGAAUGCCAGUAUGAGAAUGCACAGCUAAGAGCACACAUUGCGGAAAAGGACUCAUCCAUUGAUAAACUUAAGAAGAAACUUGGGUAAGAGCAUAAAUAAUGAUACAUGGAAGAAAGUCAAGAAAGCAAUCUGUCUACAUGUAAUUAGACUCAGUUCAAAAUAAAACCUGCCUACUGAUUUUCUAUUUGGUAAACUAUUACUUGAGCUAAUUUUAUUGAAAUCACCACCAAGUCUUUACACUUGAACCCUAUGCAAAAAUCUUUCUCUUUUAUGUCCGAGAUUUUUAUUUAUUUCACCUGUUUUUGUUAGACAUUUUUUCGUUGGUGAAUAAGACUUAACACUCAACAAAAUUAAUUCAAAUGUUUUUUUUUUCAGUAUAUCCUGUUCUUACACACACCUCUCCCGCGUUCAGGUCAUUACUCUUGGUCGCAAAAACCAUCAUCCAAGUCACCCAUCAAAUUAUUUCACCAUUUUUUACACUCAAUUUUAUGUAUAUGUGUUGACUUUUAUUAUACGUGUACUGCAAUUUCUUAAAACGGAUACUUCACUAUCAUGAACAAUUCUUUUGUUCCAUAACUGAACAGACUUUAUACAAUUCUUACCUCUGUACUUGGAUCGGAGUUGGAGGUUCUUCUGUCUUCUAGUAGUAGUAAACAACGGAUGUGCACUUACCAUUUUUUAUUUCGGUUAUUGUUACGUCAGUGACUGUGUGUUAUACCUUUAGAGAUAAAGCAAUAGAAAUAAGUUUGUAGACUUUCUCAAAGUCCCUCACGGUUUAAAGAAAUUCCCGUGCUUCGCUCUCAGUUUUGACGUUCCUCGUCCGGCUUUUGUAGACCGGUAGUUCCACUGGUAAACAGGUUCGUAGAAGAUUGUUUCGCCGUAAAGACCUGUAAAUACGUAGGCCGAUAUGACUGACCGUACUGAUCUCUUGCGUGACUGCUGACCACGGAAUGUAAAUUUACUGACUCUUUCCAGGGAGACGGAGUAUCUCUUAGAGAAUAUGCAAGCCAGUGUCAAAGAUUCUGCAGUCUCCAGUCGACAGGAACUGGAACAAAUGCAAAAAAAGGUGAGAUAGUACUGUGUAUGUUUAAUGAAGGAUGUGUGUACAUGUAUGUAUGCGUAGUUAAGACUUUGAAUACCUUUUGUUGAUUUACAGUGUACGAGAUUGCGUUUUGGGCGCCAAAUUUAAAUAAUUGCGCGGCGUAAAUUACAUUAUAAAAUUUCACUUUAUUUAUGCUCUUGUAGCAAAUACUGUACAACAUGAAAGUUGUUUUUAUUUGAAUCGAAGGCCUCGAAAGGGUUUCGCUCGUUUACAGCGCUGUAGUUGAAUUGAAUUUUACAAUUUUGUACAUGUAUCACAACAGCCUUGUUAUAAAACUUGUAGUGAAGCGACUCAAUAUUGAAUGUUAUAACUCGAUUUUUACUUCUGGUUCAAGUUUGUAGAACAAGAGAAAUCGCAAGCAGAGCUGAGCAGUAAACUAAAGCAACUAGAAGAGGAUAAGCUAAAGCUCAAGUAAGAGAUGACUUCACUUUGAUCAAACAUUGUAGGCUAUUAACACUACACUGGCUUCAACAAGAUCGCACGUUGUAUUUCGAUCGUCGUGGUAAAUGCUGGAUACAUUUCGUACACUAUCGCUUUGUUACCGACUUACAGUAUACAUGUAUACAAGUACUAUGCAAAAGUGAGAAGUUAAGACUUCAAAUAGAAAUCUUUGUAUCGUUCAUGGCGCCAAAUAUUGUGCCUGUUCUCCCAUGUUCGUUACAAGGGGUUCGCGGGAGCCUAGGUUCGAGUAAAAGAUGCCUUAUUCAUCUUUUAUAAGAAGUCUGAUUUCAGACUACUUUUGUAUGGUGUCUUAUCAGUAUCUUAGUUUCAUAGAGUAAAAAAAUCGUACAUUAUGCAACUAGUAUCGUUCUUCAACCUAGCUCUACAUUCUAUUUUACCAAUUUUAAGUCCACAUUAAGGUGCAACUUGUUUUGGGGAAACCUUUUAGUUAGCCUACGUAGCCGGCAGGAUCUUUCGCGCGAGGAAAGUUUCGGCAGACGAGUUUUGGCGAAGCCGUGAGGAGAAUGGGGAGGCGACGCUUUGGAAGUUUGUCGCGCCUUCAGCGCUCGCUUCUCGCGGCAAAGCCGUGAGAAUGGUAGCCUAGGUCCAAAUACUUCCAAGUGCCUGCCUAGCAGGCUAUGAGAAUGGCGGCUACGCCGACAAAUAUCUUACACGCGCAAAAACAAUUCCCACACCUUCGCAGGCUAUCUUGUAGUUUUUUUAUUGUCACUUAUCAAAGUUUUAGUCCCCGUCUCUUUGCGGCUCACUAGCUCGUGACAUUCUACUCUCCCGAUUUUUCGACAGAGAGUUUUUCUCCGGGUCUAUAAUUUUAUUUGAAAAGUCGCACUCUGUUUCUCCCUUAGACUCCCUGAAAAACAAACAAACAAACAAACGAACAAAAAAACACAACAACAACAUUAAAAACGGGAACUCAAGAUUUGAUCGCAAGAAAGAGCUGAUAUGAAAAAAUCUUACCCUUAAAUUGUAUUAGCAUCUGAAGCUGGAAAUGUCUAAUGGAAGGACUUUUGUUUUAUAAUAUAGGCGUGAAAAGCAGAGCUUAGAACGGUAUCUGAAGGAUGUACCGACUGUUGAAGAACAUCAGAAGUUGAACAAAACUAUAUCCUUUGAUCAAUGCAACAAUACAGAUGUUCUUACAUACUUACUUGUACUUGUUAUUUUAGACACUUGCCAGGGGAUACCCAAAAUUUAAAUUAAGACAGGUGUAUUUAAUUUACAAUUUUUCGAUACUAGGUACUGAAUACUCACAAGAGCACAUGAUCCGGAGCGUUCAACUCCCGUACUUAGCCUAUGCAACGGCGUUUUCACAGAUCAAGUUAUUUUUAGCAUCAUUUUAAGGCAUCGUCCAUUCACUCAAAAAUAAAAGGAAGAUAUUAGGGAGAUUAAGUGAAUCACGUUUACGCCAAACGGCAAACGUGAAUUUGUACCACGUGACCAUGUUUUCCCCUUAAUUUUCGUUUAUUGUUUAUUACUUCUACGCAAAAAUAAGUAGUUUCACGCCAGUUUCAUCCAAAAGAAUUGUUCUGGACAGUUUUCUAUCAGCUUAUUUUCUAUUCUGAGAAACUCUCAUCUUGAAUCAGACGUUUGACGUUUGCCGUACGAAACGUGACUCUUAAUCUCUCUAUUGCUGUGAAACCCUGUUAAUGCGACCUCGUGGGGUAAUGAAAAACUAGAUAUUUAUAUAAAUGAAAUGGUCGUAAGGCCGGGUUUGACUGUAUGUCCUUAGUAUUUUAUAUAAUAUUUAGCAAACGGUAUUGCCUUGAGUCUGUAGAUGGUAAUACUGUCCUCUUUUAAUUGGCACAUGUUUGUUCACCUUAACAUUUUCUACCUCAAGGAUGUUCGUGAGCAGUGUGAUAAACUGAAAGAAACUGUUUCCUCAAAGGACAAGAAAUUGGCUCGCAUGAACAAGGCUUUUGGAAACAAAGUAAAUAAUAACGUAAUUGGCUUUCCUAAUACUUAUCUAUUGAAUAGAGAUUUACGCUGUGCAUGGCGCUAUCCAGUUUUUGAGUAACUGGGACACGAAAAAGGUUUAUGACUUGUUUGUUUGAUUUUCCUUUGAUUUCUCUCUCUGUAAUACGUUUCUCGACAAUUUUCAAUUUGACAGGAUGACGAGGCAAAGAAGUUAACAGCAGAAAACACAGCACUGAAGGAAAACGUGCAAAAGUAGGUAACACAUUCAGCACAUACUUGCUUUUAAUUCUGCAAUUAGCGCCCGGGAUGCUUAUUCAAUUAUCUGAGUCGAAGGGAGGGCAUUUAUGCGAAGGGUGUUUGUGUGUGUGUUUGAGGGGGAGGGAGGGGGGGGGGGCUUUGUUCCUUGUCCAGUACGUAUGCUGUUUGCCUUUUGUUGGGAUCAACAAGAACGGUAACUUCAAUACACAACCUAAACUUUGUGUGGAUCUGUACACAUCCUUGGCUUUCAACGUCCUGUCCUCCCUAAGAGCGGAAUAAGAGAAUAAACUUUAGAAAUCACUUUUUUUGACUUUCAUUAAAUGUCUAGAAAUCUGCUUGAAAUAGAAUAUUCCGAUGACUCAAUGUAGCUAGAUCACGGUAGAAGAGAUUGAUCAAGACGUUCGCGUAUUUUAAUCUUAUUUCUGACUGUGUGUUGUCGGCAUUGCAGAUCAUUCGCUAGUGAUAAGUUACACUGUAUAUCCAUUGCUGAUAUUAUUUUAUUUUUUCUUCUCGUAGACUUCAGGUUUCUCUCGAUAAAAUCAGCAAUGACGGUCCAGUGUCACUUAUAAACUAUGAAGACUUAAAAAUGGAAAAUGAGAGACUUCAGGGAGAGCUUGACCGAACGAAGAAGGUAUACGAUGAGAUUCUAUUUCAGCGAUUAAAUCACGGUUUCAGACAAUCCAUAGGUAUCAGAAUUGGUAAUAAGUGGGUUAUUUUAAAUGAUUAAGGGCUUUUUUAGUCUACGCUAUUUGUUCCAUACUAGUGAGGGUUGAUUUGUGCUUGACACAGUAAACUAAAGGGUGAUUAUAGAAUCGAUAUGUACAGGGGUUGGUGGAAUAGAACUUGGUUUUGUUUAACGUCGGCUAAACUCGGUGUUACUAAGCGACCCUUUUAAGUUCUUGUCGUGCUUUCCGCGCUUUGGAAAGGGAACCACGGCUCCACAGGCUAACAAACUCAAAAAUAGUUACGAGUAGUCUUGCAGUGGCAUAAGAUUGAGGCCCAGUUUACUGUAAAAAUCUGUUACUGAAAGCAGUCUGACUUAUUUCGCCCUAUAGAUUUUAGAGAAUAAGCACAAGAAGAUGAAAGCUCUUCAUUAUCAAACCCAGAAAGAACAGAACAACCUUGAGGAACGACUCACACAAGAAGAGGUGUGCCAGUACUUCACUAACCUGCAAGCAGCCUCACGUGUGCAAAUUCGGGGAAAAUUAUUUUGGCGGCAGAGCCGCCAUCCAGCGAGGAAAACUCACUUUUCCUCGGCCCAUUGGGAGCCGCCAAAGAUUUUCCCCGAACUCGCACAAGUAAACCUGCUCGUACUUCACUGUUACAGAUUUUGAUCGUCGUGCAGUAUCGUAUGAACUCACAGCUAAAACCUUUCCCCGUUACAGUCUAAUUACACUGAAACUAUUACUAACUGCAUUGUAAGUAAUCUCACACUACUCUGUCUCAGUAUCAGGAUUGGGCAUGUCAUUAUCCUGGGCCGAGUUGUUCGAAGGCCGAUUACCGCUUAACCCGGGGUUAAAUUUAACCCGGGUUUCUUUUUCUUGUGUUCAAUAGCAUUUUCUGGGAUAAUUCUGUCUGUUAUUUUUAGAGCUUCCAAUCAUCAACUUGUAGACAAAAAGAAUUAAAACUGAAAUACUUUUUAAACUUUCAAAACUGAAUUCAAAUCUCUUACUAACCCUGGUUUAAGAUAACCUAGCUUUGAGCAACUCGGCCCAGGUUACCAGAGACUUAUUAUACGGCGUUUCCGGUUUCGAUCAAGUCUCAUGACCAUUCGGCCGACGCGGUGCCGACUCCGAAGCAUCCCUCUGGUAUCCAGAGUAGCAUCUCCUUUACUGAUACUAACUUAAGCGAACGACACAGCAGUUUUCAUGUGUGGAAAUCGUAGGAAUAAGUAAGAAAGGAAAAAUUCAACGAAAGGUGACUGUUGCCUUCCAGUGUCUCUUAAAUAACGUUUGAACUCUUAAAUGAUCUGGCUAAACAUUCACUGUGGUAACAUACAAAUGUUGAACAAAUGGUGACUUGUGUACAAUCCUAAAACGGUGCCUUCUUUUCCAUACUCGUGUAAUUUGGUCAGUUUUAUAUAUAUAUGUUUGCUAUGUGUUGGCAGGAAAUGGUACAUGCUUUACGGGAGGAGCUUACGUUGAAAGAAAACGCAUUGGAGGAAAUGAAGAAAGCUGUUAAGGAAGUAAGUCAUUUAUGAAGCCGAAGACAUCUUCGAAACGUCAUUCUCUACUUUCCAGUUGCCUAUAAUGCACCUUCUUUGCCUCCCCUCGCCCCCCCUUAAAAUAGCAUAACAAUAUUCAUCCUAAACUCACGUUUCCUAAUUUUGAAUAUUUUUAGAUUGCUUUGCACAACCAGGAUUUACUAGAAGAGAACUUAAAUCUUCAAUGCCGUUGUGAGCAGGUAUUUAUUAAGUUUUAUGAAAUCUGGCUGGUUUUUUAACCCGUGAUUUAGUAUCUCAUAUUAGAUUUUGGUCCAUUGUGCCGCUAUAAAUCCAUUAAUAGCCUUAUCGUGUCUACUGUAACUCGUUUUUGUAGACGAUUUAAGUGUAAAAGUUUACAUAUAUGUUUCCUUUUUACAGUUGAAAAAACUAAGUUCGAAGGAGAAGUUGGAAAAUCAAAGACUUCUUUGGAAAGAGGUAUCACUUAUUAUUUAAGGCAGUCGAACCUAAGCUAUAAUGCCGGUCAAAAUUUGUUGAAACACUUCCGGAAAACACGACAUAAACUUGUUCGUUUCAUGAACGCAAGUAUUGCUUCCCUCCUCUUCCCUCAAUGUUGGUUGCGUUUCAACAAUUAUGACCGGGAUUGUAGGCGGAUACUUCCCAGAAGCGAUCGCUUAUGUUCCAAAAGUGACGGACAUGAAUUUUCUCUUAUAACUUCAUCAAAACAUAAGAAAGGAAAAAGGCUCCGAGAAUUGAUAACAUUUCAAGUCUCAGGUUGAAUGAGUUCAUUUGUACUGUGGUCUAAUCAGUUCUAAAUUGCAGCCUGUAGGUUCCUAUAAAUUCACUAGGUUCUUCAGUGUGCCUGUUUACUGUAUUGCGUUGCAUUGUUUUUUCAAAAGGAAAUAGAAAUAAAUAUAAUACGAUGGGGGUAUAGUGAAAUUGUACACUAUUUCUUGAUUGUUAUACUGGUGAUAGCAAAGAUAUUGAACUCUAUCAAGUUCUCGCUGCGGAAAUUUUUUCUGAAGUGCUCAGUACUAUUCGGCCCCGUUGUAGAUUUGGUGACACUCAUUAUUUGUAUGUUAAUGGAUUGUUUGUUAGUCAAGUGAAGAGUUUUUUGUUGUUAAAACCCUAGCUGUCCGACUGUACCUCGGAGCUCAAAGCAGUGGUUCAAGUUUGUCGAGAAAGAAAGGAAGGCAAAGAUCCGGACAUGUCUGUUCUUCUUGGCCUAAGAAGUAAGUUUAAUCCCUCGUCAGAUUUGUCACUCAACAAAACGGAUACAGUUUGAUCUAGAAAGGUCUGACGCCCUUAGAGACUACUUAACUUUACGGAACACCUUGAAGUAAUCAUGUCUCUUAAAUAUACGAAGGAGUGUUUCAUUUAAUGUUAAAACACCGACAUGAAGAAAUGAAGCGCAACCAACAUAUCUGAGUGAAUAUUGGACAAAAACCCAUUUCAAUUGUCUGACCAACCUCUUCCACAGUUGUUACGGGUUUCUUUUGUAAUUUACGAGCAAGUUUUUGACCAACCUCUUCCACAGCUGGGGUGGGCCUUCUUUCUCAUGUACGAGUUCGUUUCUUUGACCUGUCUGUCUAGCUAAUGCUUUUUGGUGUAGUGUUUUUUCGUUUGGUUUGAUUUUUCUUUACUUUCUUAUUUCCUUUUUUCAGCUACGAUCGACGAAGGGGAAAAUGAAACUAACGACUCUUCCGAUGAUGUUGAUGCCAUAAAAUCCAAGACAAAUAAAGUAAAACAGCUUCGGUUAGACGUGGAAAAUCUAAGAAAGUUCAUCUCUGACCAGUAUGCCGAAGAUAUUGGAAAUAACUGCAGGAUGCAGUGAGUGACUGAACCAGUGAAUUUAGCUUUACCUACGAAACAGACGCAUGCCCCAAGCUAUCUAUUCUUUGAUUAUUUGAAAUUCUUUAUCAUCGGUUUUUUUGUUUCACUUUUGUUGUAUUCUCACUCCCCUAUUUUUCCGUAAGAUCAUCGAGGACGAGCGCGUUGCGUUCCGGACGGCCGUCUUGGUUUGAAAUGUCCUAGGCUAUCGUAGAGAUGAGUGUCGCAUCUACUUAGGAGACGGGGGACGGUUUGGGAGGGUAUUUUCUCUCCUCCAUCUCCCCACCGCUAUAAACCCCCGGCGCCCGUCCCCCAGGUACUUUUGAAACCAGGAUGGCCGCUGUAACGGAAAGCGCUUGAUCUCGACGAUCUUUACGAAAAAUAGGGGACUGUGAACAGUCUACCAGUACACGAAUAUCGAGCUUUAACAUAUGAAUUGUCGCAUCUGCGUAAAUGGAGGUUUAAGUUACGUGCAGCAAGUACAAACAAGCGAGUACUUCAAGAUAUGAGGUGCUAUUUCGUGUUUUCGUUCUAUAAUUACCGUUAGCAACAAAUUGUAAAUAUGAAUUAUAACUAGGAAGGUUAUAAAUGACAAUACAAUAAUGUGUGCAAUAGAGAAUGUUUACCGAAU